ACGCGCCUCUUGGGUGCGGCCACUACAGACCACGCCCUGACUCGGAACGGUCCCCGUCGGGGAAACGAAACCGGAGUGCGCAGGGAGGGUUUGGCACCCCCGGCACCGAAAACCCUCCACGCCGGCAGGGCCGGAGCCGGCCAGAUCCCCCGGCGCCCGCUGGACACGCAGGGACCGACCCACCGGGCACCCAGGAUGCCCACCAUGACACUCUGGCUGCCCCUGGCGUGGCUGGUGGCCACAGCCACAGCCACUGUCAGCCCGGUGUCCAUGCUGGAGGCCUCUCCCAGCGGAGUGAAGCUGCUCACACAGCCCCCGACACCGCCGGUGCCCCCCCAUCCUGUCACGGCCCCCCCACAGGACGUGGGGGCACCUGUCCCGCCUAUCCCCACUCCUCAUGCCCACCCCGAGGGGCUGCCUGGCUGGGAUGCCCCUCACGGGGCCACAGAUGCCCCCGAACCCACAGAACCCGAGGGAACCCCUGAGGAGCCAGGAACCACAGCCUACGGGACCACGGCUGUGCCCACGCCUGGCAUCACUCAGGGACCCCCAGGCACCACCGCCCCGCCGUGCCCCGGGGACGAGGAGCCUGCCGAGGCCUGCGGGGAGCCCACGGGGGAGCAGCGGGCGGCUGUGGCUGAGGCGCUGGGCACCUUCGCCCUCCGCUUCUACCAGCGCAUGGCCGAGGCCGCCCGGCCCGACGCCAACCUGCUCUUCUCCCCCAUCAACGUCGCCACGGGGCUCUCGCACCUGCUGCUGGGCACCCGCGGCGAGACCCGCGAGCGGCUGGGCGCCCUCCUGGCCUACCCGCCGGGGCUGGGCUGCGUGCACAGCGCCCUGCAGCAGCUGGCCGGCUCGCCCGGCCUCUUCUCGGCCGCCCAGAUCUUCCACCACCCAGAGCUGCGCCUCCGGCCCCGCUUCCUCAACGACUCCCUGCGCUUCUACGGCGCCCGCCCGCGCGCCCUGAGCGGCAACGAGAGCCUGGACCUGCAGAGCAUCAACGCCUGGGUGCGGGAGGCCAGCGAGGGGCUGCUGCCCGCCCUGCUGCCCGCGCUGCCCCCGCAGCCCCGCCUGCUGCUGCUCGGCGCCGUCCACCUGCGCGCUGCCUGGCGCACGCCCCUGGACCCCGAGCAGACGGUGCCGCUGCCCUUCCUGCGCCCCGGGCGCCCCCCAGUCGAGGUGCCCACCAUGACCAGCACCAAGUACCCGGUGGCCUCGUUCACCGACUCCCGCCUGCAGGUCCAGGUGGGGAGGCUGGAGCUGAGCGAGGGGCUGAGCCUGGUGGUGCUGCUGCCGCGGGGGCCCCUGGGGGCGCUGGAGACCCUGGAGCGGUCACUGGACCCCCCCACCUUCCUGGCCCUGCUGCGGCGGGCGGCCCAGACGCCCCCUCGGGCCACCACGCUGGCCCUGCCCCGGCUGCACCUCGACCUCGCCCUGGACGUGGUGCCCCUGGUCCACGACAUGGACUUCGGGCUGUUCCUGGACGCGGAGCUGUGCGGGCUGGCGGAGGGCCCGGCCGCGGUGGACGAGGCGCGGCACCGGGCGGUGCUGGCGCUGGACGAGGCCGGCGUGGAGGCGGCGGCUGCCAUGGCCACCUCGGUGGCGCGCUCGGCGCUGGUGCUGGAGGCGCUGCGCCCCUUCCUCUUCGUCCUCUGGCACGACGCCGGCGAGGUGCCCGUCUUCAUGGGCCGCCUCAGCGACCCCCGGCCCUGACCCUGCCCCUCCCGUCCCCGCCCUCCCUCCUCUCACCCCUCCGUCCUUCCCUCCUGCCUCCUCCUCGCCCUCCUCCCUCCAUCCUUGC